AUGAAUUCAACAAGCAUAACCUUUCAUCUCAUCUUCUUCUUGAAAAUCUUUUCGAGCCUAUAUGCUCGACUACCUUGUGAAAUUCAUGAUGAUGAAAUAGCGUGCCAAUCAUCUGAAUUCUAUAAUUUUAAUUCUUCAUCUAUGAAUAGCAGUAUGACAAGAUCGGUUCAGGCAAUUCAUUUAAUAAAUGGUUACUAUUCUGGUAUGCUUGCAGAAAAUAUACAUAAUCUAACGAUUGUUGAUUAUUCGUAUAAAGCCUUCUUAUCGCCAUUCAUUUCUCCAUCAACACUUCAUAAUUUGUUCAUCGAUCAUACAGUUUUAAGUAUAUUUCCAGCAUGGCUUUGUACGUAUAACAAAAAUCUAUCAGUUAUUGCUAUCGAUUAUUCUUAUAUUGAAGAAAUCGUUGAACAUGAUUUGCAUUUAUGUUUAAAUUUACGUACAUUACGCAUACGAAAUUCCGAUUUACGACAAUUUACAAAUUCGUUUGAUGUUGAGUUGUUCUUAAGUAAUUUACAUCUUAGUCAUAAUCAUUUAACGGAAAUCUCUCGUGAGCAUGGCUUAAAUUUAAAUCAAUUUCCUUAUUUACGUUCUCUUGACUUAUCCAACAAUCAAAUAAAAACGGUUUCAUCAGAUAAUUUCGAUCGAACGUCAUCAUUGAAGCAAUUGAAUCUAUCACAUAAUCAUUUAGAAAAUUUCCAGUUCAAUAAUAUGUGUCAUUUAAUAUUCUUAGAAAAAUUCGAUUUACGAGGUAAUAAUUAUUUAAAUAUAAAUGAAAAUUGGUAUGAUUAUUUACCAUAUUUAAUUAAUAUCUAUCUACCAUAUGCAUAUUUUUGUUGUAAUUAUAAAAAAAAUUUACCAUCAUUAUAUGAAAAAAAUAACAAAAAAUUGAAAUCCGAUAAAACACUUAGUUUAUUCAAUGAUGAAAAUAAAAAUAAGCCUAGAGAUGAAAGUAAUACUAUAUCCGUUUCUUUUCAUUUGGAUCAAGUUUGUUUGCCAUUACCCGAUCAAAUGACACAAUGUGAAUCAUUAUUUUCAUCGGCAUUCAUUCGCUUCAUUUUUUCAAUAAUUGUAUUCGUUUCUGUUAUUUCAAAUUUAACUGCUCUUAUUAUUAGUCUAUGCCGUUUAAUAACAUCAUCCUAUAAUCGAUGGUCAAUAUCAACCGUUCUAAGUUCAAACUUGGCAUUGGCUGAUUUUAUUUCAUCAAUUUAUCUUGUUCUUGUUGGUAUUAUUGAUAUACGUUUUAAUGAACGUUUCUAUAUAAAAACUCAACUCUGGACAAAUUCACAUUUAUGUACAAUAGCUGGAUUUAUUUAUAUAUUUGGAAUACAAUCUUCAAUUUAUGCGUUAACUUUAUUAACAUUUGAACGUUUCUAUACAAUAUUAUUUUCAUUUAAACGUCAAACACCGUGGCCACCAAAAUUUACUCUAACAUUUAUUUCAUUAGGUUGGCUCAUAAGUUUCAUAGUUGCAUCAUUACCAUUGAUUAAUAUUAAUAAUUUUCAUGCGAAUUCAUUGUGUGUACCGUUUCGUGUUGAAAAUGUAUUCGAUCGACUAUAUCUAUUUUUAUUAAUUACAUUUGAUAUUUGUUUUAUUGCUAUAAUUAUAACAUGUAAUGGUCUUAUAUGUUUUAAUUUUAGUAAAUCACAUGUACAUACAUCGAAUGAUGCACGUGCAACAUUAAAAAUUCUUACAUUAGUUAUAGCUAUUUGUAUAAGUCGAAUACCAUUAAUUAUAUUUAUUGUUUUUGCUUUACUUAUUUGUCCGAGUUAUUCGCAUAGUAUUAGUGAUUAUGAUCUUCAUUUUAAUAAUAUUAAGUUAGCUGUACUGUUUUUACAACCAUUUAGUUCAUGUUUCAAUCCAUUUAUGUAUUCAUCUUUAUCAGCAUUAAAAUGGACACAAACAACAACUGAGUUCGACAGACCAAAACCAGUUCGAAAAGCAUUAGAACUUUCUCGAUUUCGAUCGGUAUCAGCUAUUUUUAAUCGUGGUUAUUAUCCCUUACGAAUAAUGUCUACUAGUUCACUUGAAUAUCGACUUUCGUCAUCUUCAAAUACAACUUGA